AUGCGUCCAUUGGAUGCUCAAUACAAGAUGCCGGCCUGUUUUAGUUCACAUUCAACGACUGAGUCAACGGCAUCAGCAACAUUGAUGAUCAAAGACACAAUUACUUUUUCAGACUAUAUACGAGAUCGAAACGAACAUCUGGAGAUAUUAGCUCCAAUUCAAGCAACGGUUAAAGAAUUAAAACGCAUUGCAUUUUAUUCGAACAUAUCUAGCCUACAUUCAUACACGGAAAUGAGAAAGUUUUACAAUGGUGUCAAUUUGGAAGAAACUCAAGGAAAAUUAGGCGGUAUCAUUGAACAGCUAAAUGAAGUGGAUCGACAAGAAUCGUCAUCACGUGAAAAGAUAAAGAGGAUUCAAGUGAAAUUAAUGGUUCGUUCAUUCAAAAAUUCAUUACCGGAUAUUAUUCGUAGGGAUGCAAAUAUUAACUUAUUGUCAUCAAAUGAACAAUUGCUGAUAAUCGAAAGGUUAUCGAAGAACUAUUAUGACGAUUUAGAUUCAACUCCGUCAUUACACCAACUCUUCCACGAUGUUCAUGCAAUAAGUCAACCAAUACAUUUCGUACCAAUGACCAUGGCAUUUCUUGAUACUGAUCUUCUAAAGUUAAACCAAUAUCGUGACACAUUGGCAAAUCAACAUUUAAGAAACGACAUGACUAUUGGAAUGAUUUGUAUUGGUAAUUAUUUUGUUAUAAAGAAUGACGACAAAAAUAUCACCGAUCGUUGGUUAUUCCGUGUUAUGUCAUUAUUAGCCUUGGUUGCAUUCGUUUUAUUUUAUUUCAUUUUAAGUGUACUAUAA